UUCCAGUCGCGUGUGCGCUGGCUGGCGGUAAGUUUAUACCGCUCAAAGUUGGAAGCUGUGGUCGAGAGAGCAGGUCCCCCCCCUUCCCUCACCACCCUGCCAGACACAAAACUGCUUUGCUGAGGCCUACCAUGGAGGAAUCCCUAUCAGAUCUGGAACCCCCACUGAGCCAAGAAACCUUCUCAGACAUAUGGAAUUUACAAUGGAACAAUUUGCCGGACGAUUUAUCGAACAUAGAUGAUAUACCAUUUGCCUCACCAGACAAUAUGAGCUGGCUGGGAAAUGAGGAAGAAAGCCCUGGCUUGCCUGUGUCUGCACCCCCAGUUAACCUGCCCACAUCAUCUACGGUUCCAUCCCAAAAGGACUAUCCUGGGGAGUACGGCUUCAAGCUUGGUUUUCUACAAUCUGGAACAGCCAAAUCUGUCACCUGCACGUACUCUCCUGAGCUGAAUAAGCUAUUUUGCCAACUGGCCAAGACCUGCCCUGUCCAGCUCUGGGUCACCUCACCACCACCUGCUGGUGCCCGAGUCCGCGCUAUGGCUAUUUAUAAGAAGUCCGAACACAUGACCGAGGUGGUUAAGCGCUGUCCUCACCACGAACGAUGCACUGAGCACAUAGAUGCCCUGGCACCCCCACAGCACUUGAUCCGGGUGGAAGGAAACCUACGGGCUGAAUACCUCAGUGAUGCCACCACCAUGCGACAGAGUGUGUCCGUUCCUUAUGAGUCCCCAGAGGUCGGCUGUGAUUGUACUACCAUUCAUUACAAUUAUAUGUGCAACAGUUCCUGCAUGGGGGGCAUGAACCGGCGCCCAAUCCUCACCAUCAUAACCCUGGAAGACUCCAGUGGUCAGCUUCUUGGACGCCGAAGCUUUGAAGUACGUGUUUGUGCCUGUCCUGGAAGAGACCGGCGGACUGAGGAGGAAAAUUUCCGCAAGAAGGGAGGUCACAACCUACAGCCGCCCUCUGAGAGCAAUAAGCGUGGUAUGGCAUUGCCCACUGCUCCUGGCAGCACUCCCAAGACUAAAAAGAAGCUAAUGGAUGGAGAAUAUUUCACCCUCCAGAUCCGAGGUCGCCAACGCUAUGAGCUUCUCCGGGAAAUAAAUGAAGCCUUGGAACUGAAAGAUGCUCACAGUGGGAAAGAGCCUGAGGGGAGCUGUCCCCACCGCAGCCAAUUGAAGUCCAAGAAAGGAGAUUCUACCCCCUGUCAAGGCAAAAGACUUUUGGUGAAAAGUGAAGUUCCUGACUCUGACUGAACAUAAUCCCCUCCGCCCCAGACAACCCUGUUUUUUAUUUCCCACAUGCCUCCUCUCCUCUAAAGUCUCACUUGUAGAGAUCCCCCAUCUGAAGUCCCCACCCCCUUCUUCAGCUCGAAUAUCUGUCUCAAACAGUACUAAGCUGUUCUUUGCUAAAACAGAUAAAAUAAGGGGGAGUGGGGCCUUUCUCUACUAGGCCAUGCUCCCUCACUUUUCUUCUCCAGUGGAUUAAGGCAAACUUAAGUGACUUGGUUAAGUGACACAGCCACUGAGGUGAAUUUGAACUCGGGUCUUCCUGAUUGCAGGCACCACUUUAUAUCAACUGAGCCACCUAGCUGCCUUCCCUCACUUUAGUGUCCCUCUAAGAGAGAGGGUAGUGCUGUUUGAGAAAAGUGUUGUGAAUAAAAAUACUAGGGGCAUUAGAAUCCUAGACUUAGACCUGAGGGAAGGGACCUCAAAGGCCCCCUAGGUGGUGAAACUAAGGCCCAGAGAACAACUUACUUUCUCACAGUGAGAAGUAGGAUUUAAACCCAGAACUGCCAUACUGCCUUUCUAGACUGGAGGCCUUGCUUAGAGCCAUGAUGGUUUCUUGAAACUGUUACUUGUGUUUCUGCCAUUUGGGAAAAUGUAUUCACUUAGGUAUGUGUUCCUGGUAGGGUGGCGGAAGGAUGUCAGGAAAGUGGGUGGUCACAAGUAGUUGUUGAUGGGUUGACAUCUGUGAUAAAAUAAGCUGUCCCACCCACAGGAUUUAGUCUUUGAAAUACCUACUGGAAUGUGCUUCCACCAAAAAUGUUUUGUGCCUUCUAGACUAAGCUAGACUCCAGUUUUACUUUCAUUCACCUCUAUUUAGCAUUUCCUUUCAUGAUGAAUGUAGGCAAGAGCUAUAAGUUUCACCAGACUGCCAGAGGGGUUUGACAUAAAAGGUUAAGAACCCCAGCUCAAGCCUCAGAUUCUCAGGAACUUUCUCUACCCCCAGACUCUGGCUUUCUCAUUUUCUCCCUUUUUCUCCCCUUUUUUUGUACCUUUUUGCUAUUUUUAUGGAAUUUUCAAAUAAAGAGUUAAUACUUGUCCAUUU